AUGGCUGCGGAAUCGCGACCGCAGCGCCCUGACCCUGCGGUGCGGUCGAGGCCAUCAGUCUCGAAGAAGAGGAAGAGGAGGACGAGUUCUUCAGGCCCGGGUCCUACUGACGACCAGAGACCACCACCGGCAAAGCAGCGCAGGACGACGGGGACCAACGUGAGGACCUUGCAGUCCGCCGACGCUGUGAAGCAUGCUCUGCUGGCCCAGUACUACCCAACCACGCUGACUCUGCGGCAAUACGUCCUCAGUCACCUGCCGGCCUCAUCCAGGAUCCGGCGGAGGAAGGUUGCCGCAGUCGGGACAGCCGAUGGCUCUGAAGACGACCCCAGCGGCGUUCGGGCACAGCUCGCUACGCUCCUGGACACAACGCUGGUUGGACUUGCUGAGGUGCCAAGGGAGACUGCCAAGGAGCAGUCUGAAGACCGCCUGCAGCAGUGGAUUGAAUACUCGCAAAGAGAUGAUUCUCACGUAACGUUAUCCGGCGGUGAUGCAAGUGCAACUCACCUCCAGUCCGAGAUUAUUGACUUCAUCAUCUGGUUGCUCUUUUCCAGGGAGAAGAAUCCGAGCAGGACACCUCAUCACCUACUUUGUGAUGGCCUACGAAGGCGCAGUGGUCCGAGGCAGCAGGGAGUCCCAUCCUCGAUUCAAGGACUCCACCGCGUCUUCUUCAAUGAGAGGGUCGCCGCCAUAAAGCAGGUCCCAUGGCCGCAGCUGCUUCAGAUCCUGGGCAAGUCUGGCGAAAGCAUGAUGAUCAAUCUGCUGCUCGACUGCUCCGUAUUCUUGCCCGUUGAAGCCGGCCGGGGUAACUACUAUCAGUUGAGCGUCAAGGACCCGAGUACUUUCGAGAGAAAACCGACAGACGUCAUCUUUGUGAGGAGUCGUAUAUUUUACGCAAGAGCCGCGCUUAAUGCUCGCGGGCUAGUGCACUUUGGCUUCAAACAUAUACAUUCCCUCUCCACUGUGGCGACCGUGGCGGAAGUACACAGCCUGCUGAAGACGGAGACGGCAACAAUGUGGAAUCACUGCAAAACGUUUGGCCUUCAUAAUGCUUUCACGUCUCAUGUGGAUCACCUGAAGUCGGCCCAGAAAUUUCAGGACUACACCCUGCGCGAGGCGGAAAUCUUUGCAAAGUUUGGCAAAACCGACGGAAAUGGCAGUCGACAGCUCGACGUGCGGGUACCAAAGCGAUUAAGAGGAAGGCUUGAGCAUAUGAUUCAGAGGCUGCAGACCCGGCAUGCCCGUUGCUCUUAUUCCAAGUUAUUAGAGCACUAUUGUCCGUGCAAAUGGAACUGA